UCCGAGAGGCACGUCAGGGCCAAGCGCGCGCGCUUCUCGUGUCGAGAAUUCUGUCUGUCUGUCCGCCCAGCGUGUGCGUGAGCGUGUGUGUGAGUGUGUGCGUGAGCCAAUGGCAGCGUCGGUGUUAGCCAAUUCCAAUUCUGUGGCAGCAAACACCGUGCCGUAAUCGUGCAAAAUACGGGAAAGUCUGGCCCGUACAAAAAUUCAAGUGCAAGCGUACAAAUUUAAGUGAAAGUGCUAAAGGAAAAAAACACAAGCCCCCCUUUUCUGUAUCGUCCUGAAAAUAAACAACAACAACAAAAAGGAAAUAAAAAUAAUAUAUAGGGAAAAACCAUAAGCAACACACAACAGGCAACAACGUUAGCAACAAAAUCAACAAAGUACGCUGGCGGAGCGGGAAUCGCGGAGCGGGUUGCAGGUUGCGGGCUGCGGGCUCUUCAGCUGCCAGUUCGGCUGUCAAAACUGUGACUUGCGAAAAAAGUGCCACCCACACAAGCCGCAAAAUUGGAAGAAAACCAACAAAAAGUCUAUAAAAAGAAUUAAAAUCUUAAAGUUAUAAAACCAAUUAAAUAAUGAACUAAAUAAUAAUAUUUUUCAGUGUUUUAGUUGCUGUUUAAAGUGUGAAAAUCGCGAGCGGAGUAAACAAUAGACCAGGACAAAUGAAAACGCCAGAGCGCGCUUUCCUCUGACUAUCGCUCCCUGUCUCUCCCCUUCUCUGUCUCUCUGUCGCUGUCUCUGUCGCUCUCUUUCGCCGACUUUCUCCGGAACAGCUGUUCGUCCUGCACAUCUCUGUAUAGCUGGCUAUCUCUCAACUUUCUCCCGCUCUCCUGCGCCGAAGCGUGUGUACAUAACCUUAAAUCCGCGCUCUGGAUGUUGCGGUAGGCGGUCGUGGCAGUUGCACACACAAGUGCAACAUCGGCAGCAGAGCGGCAGCAGAGCGCAGCAGAGCGACGGAGCGGCGACGGAGCAGCGUUGAUGCCGUUGCAGCUGCUGCUGCGCAGUCAGCGACGACAGCAACAACAGCAACAGCGGCAGCAACAGCAACACAAGCAACAGCAAAAGCAGCAACACUCGCAGCAGCAGCAACAGCAGCAGCAACAGCAGCAGCAACGCCAGCAGCAACACUCGCAGCAGCAGCAGCAGCAGCAGCAACAAUCAGCAACAUCAGCGCCCUGUGUGCACCGACAAUAAUAUGAGGAGUGGCAGUUCGGAAUUACUACUCGAGCAGCAACAACAAGAGCUACGGUUACGUAAAAUCCGAGAACUGGCUCCGAAAAAGAAAAAUGGCAAUCGGCGCUUUCGUUCGUGGCGGGAACGUGCGCGUUUCUAUGGCACCUCGACACUGGCCUUCUUCUCGGUGACCGCCGGCGCCUCGCUGCUCUUCCUCGUACCGCUCUACGUCGAUCCGGCCAUAUCGACGCUGAGUCACGACUUUAUCGAGAAGCCCACGCUGUGCACGACGACGCGUCGCGAGGAUCUCGUGGGCAUCUUCAACUGCUCGUGGAGUUCGUGUCGCGAGGGCUGCACCUCCGAUUUGUACCGCUGCGUGCACAUCUAUGUGACGUUUGUCGAGCAGAACAUUACGAUACCAGAGAAUAUGACUACAGCAGCGGAUUACAGCAACUUUACGUCGGACAUGGAGCAGUCCGACGAGGCGACGCUGCUCGUGAACAUCAAGGGCUGCGGCUACCCGCCAUCGGUGACGUGCAAGAACUUCAACGGGUACUAUGGCAUCGAGGGCGCCAUCUUCCCGUGCUUCUACUCGCGCAAGAACAAAACGGUGGUGCUUACCUCCUACAACCACGACGACCAGGUGGCCGUGAUCAUCCACUUCUUCGCGGUGCCCUUUGUGAUAACGGUCAUCUCGUCCAUCGCCCUCUGCAUCAUGCACUGCGACUGCCGCUGCAAGAAGGAUCGCAGCCACCGCCGCAAUCGGCCGCAGUGCCGAAGGCCGCGCAUCGAGAAUCUCAGUGAUACUUCGAUAUCGACGCGAGUGGACAUGCUCACGCCUGCUAUUGAAGUCUACAAGCCGCCCCUCUGACACAAGGACGACACUGUGGAGAGCAAUUUAGGAAAUCCCUCGACGAGUAGCGACUUUUAGCAGAACCUGAUACCGAUUUCUGCGGAACUAGCUAAGGAUAACCUAUUUGUUCUUCCAACAUAGUGUCAACCCAAUCGAACUUCGAACGAAUAGGGGAGAUGGUAGAUGGCCAAAGAACUCGAGACACGACGACCGACACUAUCAGAGGUUUUAGUGCAACUAGCAGAACAGAAAUGAAUCAGAUUAAUGUGACACAAACGAACACACACACACACAUAAAUUAAUAAUUGAUCCAACUGAAUAAUUCCUAAGAUUGAUUAAAUUUAGUUACUUUUUAGCGUAAAUGAUUUUUAAACCAACCGACGGAGACGGAGAAACCAAGAGAAAUGUUAAUCGGUUAAUGAAAUAAAUCGAAGUCUAGUUCUAAGCAAUGGCAGUGGCAUGUAUGUAUUUGUAUAUCUAGCCGCGUAUGCAAUAUACAUGUGUAUAUGUGUGCCUGUACGAAUUCAAAUAUGCAAAUUUGGCAAUGUGUAAAUUUAGUUAAAACAGAAUCAUUACGGAUGUAAAACAAAGGCAAAAUAAGACAAAAAACACCUAAACAGAAAAUGCAAUGAAUAAUUUUUGUACUGCUGAAAGAGAAACCAAACCGAAAAACAGAACAUUAACGUUAAGUGUACAAUUUUGCAUUAGGUAAUGAAUAAGUUUGUAAUGCAUUAGUAAUUAAAUACAAUAAAAUGUUCAGCUAAUCACGAGGAAAGCAAAAGCAAACCCAAACUACAAAUGCAACCAAAAUAAUGUUACGAAAAUGCAAUUGGAAAUUCAAAUGGAAAUUCGGCCAGCGGCAAAAAACAUUUUACGCUUCGGUUAAUCGCUCCACACAGAAGUAGACACGCAACGCCCCGCCACGCCUCAUUUUAUAUAGAAUCCGCCCACAUAUUGUAACACCUACGACCGACCGACCAUCAAUCGCUUUUGGUUUUGCUGUAGAAAUCGGGAUGAAGUUCGUCUUAGACGACAUUCACAUGCCCUUCACAAAGUGCCCCAAGUUGAGAGAAUUUGGUCAAAUUUCAAUCAAGAAAUUUCUCGUAUUUGCGUUACAGUUAUUAUGUUUUUUUUUUUUUAGCCGAAACUUUGUGGUGUAGUAAAAUGUAGUAAAGGUUAAAAUGUUUAAAGGAUAAUUCAAUAAUGAACGUUUUUUGACUGUGAUCAUUUGAAUGAUAUAUAGAGAAAUAUGAUAUUAUUGAGUAUUGUUGUUGACAACAAAAAAUUACGAAAAGCAAUUAACUUCUCGGUCUCUAUUCAAUCAUCAAUCAACCAGCACGCCAGAGCACAUUUCUUCUAUAAUUCCCCAUCAGUUUAGUGUAGUUAGUUAACACUCCCCGAUAGUCCCACCCACUUGACCUUGACAUUAUGAUUCUCUAUGGUUUCGAUACCUAUCACACACUUACAUACUCACACACUCACAAUCGUGCUUGACAAUAUUUAAUUUCCAAAAGGAGUUUUUCAAUCAUUCCAUCAUUGGCACCCAACUCACAGGACAUGCUGCGCCCAAUUUGUAACUAAAUCCGCUUAUUCUGUUCCACAUUGAGAUACAGAGGCUUUGGAUAUGUACGAGUACGAGUAGGAGUACGAGAAGAGAUUAGGAGAUAUUGAAUUUUAACAUUUAUUUGUAUAAGCUGCAGAACAUUGUUGGAUUUAGAGGAACCUGCAUAGUUUUUUGAUAUUCAUGUAGAUACAUGUAAAUGCCACUCACUAAACUUAAGGAGAUAGCUACCGAUGGCAUCAAGGAUAAUUGCAUUAUAUUUGUAAUAUCAAACUGUUCAUAGUUAAGACAAGGCAAGCCACAGGAAAACAAUUAAGCAAACAAGAGAACACAAAUAACAACAAAUGUAUAUAAGCUGACUAGAAAAUUGAUAAUAGAAACUUUUGAAAACGAACUCAAAUGAAGCAAAUGAAGCUAAAACAAAGUGCAUAUAAUUUUGAUAGUUAAGCUAAUUUUAAUACAUUUUUUAAGACACAGCAAGAGGGCAAAGGUUCUACGAUAAGGAAACCAAAUAGGAAAUUUAAAACCAACUGAGGAGAAGCCGUGAAAAUUAUUCCAUUUUUACACAACCUCAACCGGGGCUCGUUAAUUGGUUUUGUUGUUACAGUAAAUAAUGCAAUAAACAUUCGCGUAUUUCUUACUAUUAUUGUUAUUAUAAUUGUUGUUAUAAAGGAAAUUUGAAUUUGAGAAUUGCACAUUGAUUUUUUAUACACCGCAAAUUGGCUUUGUCAGUGCAAGGAAAUUCGUUUUAUAAAUUCGAUCAACUUGAAAGCAUGUCUGGCAUUUAAAGCGGACACCACACGCAUUGAACAAUGAACAUUAAUUUAUACAUAUAUAAUGACGAGAGAAAUAAUGGAAAAUAAUAGAACUAGAACGCAUAUUGAAUAAUAAAUGAGACAUACAUAUUAUUGAAAGAAAUUAAAAAGGACAUAACAA